CGCCAAGAAUUCGUUUUGUGUUUGCAUCAAUUCAUUCUAUGAAAGAUCAUUAAUUUUUUAUUUAUAAAACAAAUCUCAUUAUAGUUAAUUUGCGUGCUUUUCGCUUAUUUCAAUAUGUUUAAUUAAUAUAACGGAAUAUGUUUGUAGACUGUGAACUUGUGAAAAGUGCUUAAAUUAUUCAAAAGGAAAAUAAGAAAAGAUUGCGUGCAACAGAGAAAGCAUUUAAACUAAAGAAAGAAAUGUAAAUUUAAUAACAUCCCACAACUUUAAAUCAAUCAUAAAAUGAGUCUAAAUAACAAUGAGCCGUUCCAUCAGCUUGAUGAAGAACGUAAAAGAAGACUGUUGGAAUUGGAACAGCGAAUUCGGGAACCAGGCAGUAUUGCUUGUGUUGAUAGUCUCUUAGACACAGUGACAGCUCUGAUUGCUGAUUGUAGUCUCGAUCCCGUAAAGCAGCUGAAAAAUAUUGAAGCAUAUACAAGCAGAUACACGAACCUUGCCAAUGAGAUCAUUGGGCUUCGUAUGAAACCUGACGACUUCGAUGUCAUCAAAUUAAUUGGUCGUGGUGCUUUUGGUGAAGUUCAACUUGUUCGUCAUGUUUCGUCGAAGAAAGUUUAUGCUAUGAAACGUCUUAGUAAAGUGAGGAUGAUCAAACGACCAGAUUCAGCUUUCUUUUGGGAAGAACGUUUCAUCAUGGCACAUGCUAAUUCUGAUUGGAUUGUUAAACUUCAUUAUGCUUUUCAAGAUAAUAAAUAUCUUUACAUGAUUAUGGAUUACAUGCCGGGUGGUGAUAUCGUUGGGCUUAUGGCUCUAUACGAAAUACCAGAAAAAUGGGCCAUAUUUUAUACAAUGGAAGUUGUAUUAGCACUUGAUACCAUUCACAACAUGGGCUUUGUUCAUCGAGAUGUUAAACCAGAUAACAUGCUUUUGGAUAAAUUUGGGCAUUUAAAGCUUACUGAUUUUGGAACGUGUAUGGCAAUGGAUGACGAUGGUCUUGUGAGAUCGAAUAGUGCUGUUGGAACACCUGAUUACAUCUCACCUGAAGUGUUGAAAGGUGAUGGAGGAAUUUAUGGUCGAGAAUGUGAUUGGUGGUCAGUUGGAAUUUUUCUUUAUGAAAUGUUAGUUGGUGACACUCCAUUUUAUGCUGAUUCGCUUGUUGGAACGUAUGGGAAAAUCUUUGACUUUAAAAAUUCUUUGAAAUUCCCACAAGAAGUUGAAUUAAGUCAGAAUGCAAAAUCGCUUAUUAAAGCUUUUCUAACUGAUCAACAUCAUCGAUUAGGGCGAAGUGGAAUUGAAGAUAUUAAACGUCAUCCAUUCUUUGAAAAUGAUCAAUGGACUUGGGAUAAUUUACGUGAAUCAGUACCGCCUGUAGUGCCUGAAUUAAGUAGUGAUGAUGAUACAAGAAACUUUGAAGAUAUUGAAGAGGAAACGAAUGAUGGAAAGGAAGAAGUUUUCGCUGCAUCAACAGCUUUCGCUGGAAAUCAUUUGCCAUUUAUUGGAUUCACUUACACAAGCGAUUAUCAGCUUCUAAAUAGCAGCGGAAAAGAUAUUGUUGACAGUAAUGGAACAACAUCAUCAACAACGUCGAGUGGACGUUUACAUAAUCACGUUCAUCGUCCAUCAAAUAGUGCUGAGAUAAUGAAACUUGAAGCAGCAUUACAACGUGAAUUAAGCACAAAAGAAAUGUUGGAAAAGCAGGAAAAGAAUUUACGACAACAAAUCGAAGUCAUCACACAAAGAGAAAUGGAAAUUCGUAAUUUAGCGAACAGUCACGAGAAGGAACUUGCAAUGCUUAAACAUAACUUCCGAGAGGCUCAAAGAAAAGCUGAAAAUGAACUUGAAUUACGUCGAAAGACUGAAUCGGUUUUGAAUGAAACUAAAAAACGUCUUGAAGAUGAACAAAAUAAAAGAAAACGUGAGUUAAAUAGCAGUCAACAACAUAAUGAUAAGAUCAACAUGCUAGAGAAGCAACUUGGAGAUUUUCAAGAAAAAUACAAAACGGAAACUGAAAACAGUCAAAAAUUGAAGAAACAAGUUGCUGAACUUCGAUUAGCAAAGAGUGACAUGGAGCAGAAAACUGAAGAAUUGCAAUCGAUUCUCACUGGAUUACAAGCACAACGCGAUGUUCUUCAACAAGAAGUUGCUGACUUAGAAACACGAUUAGCUCAAGAACGAACAGCAAGAGCACAAGGAGUCGAACUUCAGAAAGAACUUGAAGGUAAAAUUAUCACAAUUCAUGCUGAUUUAGAACGUUGUGUGACACGCGAGAUGAAAGCUAUUGAAGACAAUCGAUGUUUAAGCGAGAAAAUCUCUGAUUUGGAAAAGGAAAAUGCUUCAGUUGAACUUGAAUUAAAAGCUGUUCAAAAUCGAUAUCAACAAGAAUUGAAAACACGUCAAGAGAUUGAGAAGUCACAAUUGGUUAGCAGAGAUGAUACAAGUAUGCAAGAAGUGAAAGCAUUACAAGCGAAACUCAAUGAAGAGAAGUUAGCAAGGCAAAAAUCCGAUCAAGUAUCACAAGAGAAAGAACGACAAAUUUCAAUGUUGUCAGUUGAUUAUCGACAAAUUCAGCAACGUUUACAGAAACUUGAAGGCGAAUAUCGACAAGAGACUGAAAAAGUUGGAGUCUUACAUAGUCAGUUGGAGCAAGAACAAAGCAAGAAGUCUUCGUUGUUAUCUGAGUUCAGUCUUCAAAGUUCAGAAGUCGCGCAUUUGAAAGCUCGAGAAAUUCAGUUGGUGAAGGAAGUUCAACAACUACGUGAAAUGAAGAAAAAGUUUGAAGAAGAUAUGUCGAGAGUGAAAAAUGCUCAUAAUGCUGAUAUUCUACAAAUGAAAGAGCUUCAAGAUCAACUUGAGGCUGAACAAUAUUUCUCACGUCUCUACAAAACUCAAAGCAGUGAACUUCGUGAAGAAAUGGAUGAAAAAUCAAGAGAAAUUCAAGAUUUGGAAGAAGAGAAAUCUUCAAUGCUACAUCAACUUCAAUUAGCAGCAGCACGUGCUGAUUCAGAAGCAUUGGCAAGAUCAAUUGCUGAAGAGACAGUUGCUGAUCUCGAGAAAGAAAAAACAUUGAAAGAACUUGAACUCAAAGAUUUAAUUGCUAAACAUCGUAAUGAUAUUGCAGCUAAAGAAUCACAAAUGCAGACACUUCGUGACACUGAAAAUGAACUCAAUGCUAAACUCACGAUAAAAAUAAGUGAACUUGAAGAAAUGAUGAGUCAAUCAAAGAAACUUCAAGAUGAUUUAACAAAAGCGAAAUCAGAUCAAACAGAAAUUGAGAAGCUUCAAGCAAAACUGAAAAAUGAAACAUUGCUCAAACAGACAGCUGUGAAUAAACUCGCUGAAAUUAUGAAUCGUCGUGAUGGGGUGAUACCUGGAAAACAAAAAACAAAAGGAAGUGCCAGUUCAAGUGCCGAACUUAAGAAGAAAGAAAAGGAAAGUCGACGACUUCAAUUGGAGCUGACACAAGAAAGAGAUAAAUUCAAUCAAUUAAUGCAGAAAUAUCAGGAUAUUCAGAAUCUUCUGCUUGAAGAGCGACAAUCAAAAAUGAAACUUCAAAUGGAGAAUGAUUGCAAAGCAACAGAAAUUGAACAUCUUCAGAUGAAGCUCAACGAGACAGCAUCGUUGUCAUCAGCUGACAAUGAUGCAACAGAGGAAGGUCAAGAUACGAUCUUUGAAGGAUGGCUGCAUGUGCCAAACAAACAAAACAUUCGUCGACAUGGGUGGAAAAAGCAAUAUGUUGUUGUUUCAUCUCGUCGUAUCAUCUUCUAUAAUUCCGAACAAGAGAAACAAAAUCGUGAUUCGAAUUUAAUCUUGGAUUUGAGCAAAGUAUUCCACGUUCGUUCUGUCACACAAGGCGAUGUGAUACGUGCCGAUGCCAAAGAAAUUCCAAGAAUUUUCCAAUUACUUUAUGCUGGCGAAGGUGAAGCACGAAAGCCUGACGAACAGAAUCUUGAUAUGUCGAUGAAAAAUCAAGAUGAAUUAAGGCCUGGAAAUACAAUUUUCAAAGGACAUGAGUUUGUUCAAAUCAGUUAUCACAUGCCAACAACAUGUGAAGUUUGCCCGAAGCCAUUGUGGCAUAUGUUUAGACCGCCAGCCGCUUAUGAAUGCAAAAGGUGCCGAAUAAAAGUCCACAAAGAUCACAUUGACAAUAAUGAUCCACUUGCGCCUUGCAAGUUGCAUCAUGAUCCAAAUAGUGCUCGUGAUAUGCUUCUGCUUGCCUCAUCACCAGAAGAUCAAAACAAAUGGGUGUCGCGUCUUUCAAAGCGAAUCCAAAAAUCAGGUUACAAGGCAAAUUCUACUUCUAACAAUUUGAAUAACACAAUUUCAUCUGGUGAUGGUCCAAAAAUAUCGCCAAGUCAAUCGACACGCUCAACUUAUAAGCCGUAUGCUGCUAAUAACUUACAAAAAUCUGCCACACUACCAGCCAAUUCAUCACUGAACAAACAACAGACUUCCUGAGACAAUAAUUGAUAACAUUGACAUAAUCACUUUCAAUUUCUCAUGCGUGGGUGGAUGAAAAAAAAAAGUUCAGUGAAAUGAAUAGAAAGUUUUAGAAGCUGGCUGACUAAUUAACUUACAUCUUGUUGUACUUUUAGUUUUGUCCAACAAGUCAAAUUUUAUCUAUGUUAAUUCUAAAUAACAAAAACUAAUCUUUAUAUCUAUCACUGACUUUUCUUCUUUUAUUUUUCAUCUGAAUCUUUUCUUUCUUAUUUUACAAAAUCCGUCAUUUUAUUAAUCUUCACGUGAACAUUUUCCAUUGUAAGUUCAAUUCAAUAUUUUUAUGAGUUUUCUUAAAAGUGUAAAUAGAAUUUAGAAGUUUGAAUUUUAAAGAAUAAUUUUUGAAAAAACACGGAGAGGAAUUUUUGAUGUUUAAAUUUUGAUUGAGAGACGAAGACAUUCCGAUUAAGUAUCACAUCCAUUUUAAUAGCAGAUAAUUUUCUUUUGUUCAAUGGAAAAACCAGCAGCUUAUUUAUAAACAGAAGGAACCAAGUACAUUAUUUCUAAUUUAAAAAAAGAGUUUUCAUACUUAAAAAUCUUUUUAAAAUGAAGCUCAACAACGAUUGUCAUAAGAAAAGAAAAAUUUAAUUUCUAAGACGAAAAAAUCCAUCAGACUUAUUAAGGAAGAAGUAACAUUUAAGUGCCUUUAUUACGUUUUAAAGAAUCGAAAACAAUAAAUCAUCUUAAUCAAGAAAUAAAAUAAAAUUUGUUAUUUUUAUAAAAUCUUUGUGUCGUUUUUUGAUAAAAUUUCGAAGAAGAAUUUUUGAUAAAAUUAAAUUUUACUCGUAAGAAUUGUAGCAACAUUUUAAGAUUUUGUAAAUAAAAAUUGAAAAUUAU